AGUCAAAAGAACUGUCAACUGGACCAGGAUAUUAGCCAAUUAAAUUAUAUAAGAAAUUGUUCGCUAACUUACAAAAUCUCUUAAGAGCUUAAUUUAAAACUGCUAUUAAGGAAAUUUUAUCAAGAAGUAUAUGUUACAUAGCAAAGGAAGUUUAAUGAAAUUCGAAUGCACUUAGAAAAGCAUUUCAUUACUUAAUAGUCAAAAAUGAAGUGUUUUGGUGAAAAGGUACAAUAUUUUUUUGUUUAAAAUUUUUAACAAGUAGAAAAUUCCAAUAGCGGCUUACGAAUAUAGCUUUCAAUCCACGCCCGGUGGGUUAUUGCUAGGGCGCUAAAUGAAUGCCUCCGAUAAAAAAGAAUCGACAGAAACUGAGAAAAUAUCUGUCAUAUUCACAUUAAAAAAUCAAGUGGGUGGCCUGGUAAGAGCAUUACAAUCGUUUCAAGAUCUCGGCAUCAAUGUGCAACACAUUGAAUCCAGACCCAGCCAGACUGGAGAUAGUCAAGUCGAUUUUUUGGUUGAUAUUGAGACAGAUUCUAAGAAGUUGGAACAACUGGGCCGAAUGCUUAAGAGAGAAGUUUUGACGAUGGUUAUAGGAACAUACGGUACGGGGGAUGAAGAGUUUCCACCUCCAACCCCGCUCAGUGCUGCGACAAGUUUUGAUUUCGACGAGAUGCCAUGGUUUCCAAAAAAAAUCUCUGAGCUCGACAAUGCUCAGAAUGUGCUGAUGUAUGGAAGCGAACUGGAUGCCGACCAUCCUGGUUUUAAAGAUCCUAUAUACAGGAAGAGAAGAGAACAAUUUUUUAGGAUUGCUAUGAAUUAUAAACAUGGUCAGCCAAUACCGAAAGUAAAGUAUACUGAAGAAGAAGUUAAGACUUGGGGCACCGUAUUUACCGAACUCAAAAAACUUUACGAAAAACACGCCUGUAAAGAAUACCUAGAAAACUGGCCUCAACUAGUAAAAUAUUGUGGUUACCGUGAGGACAAUAUCCCUCAAUUACAAGAUGUUAGUAUGUUCCUCAAACGCAAAACUGGUUUUACGUUAAGGCCCGUAGCUGGUUACCUAAGUCCAAGAGAUUUUCUUAGUGGGCUAGCGUUCAGAGUUUUUCAUUGCACUCAGUACAUUCGUCAUUCAAGUGAUCCGUUUUAUACCCCUGAGCCGGAUUGCUGUCACGAGUUACUAGGUCAUAUGCCACUCUUAGCAAACCCCAGUUUCGCUCAGUUCUCACAAGAGAUUGGAUUAGCCGGACUAGGUGCUUCUGAUGAAGAUGUCUCCAAACUAGCUACAUUGUAUUUCUUUACUGUGGAAUUUGGUUUAUGUAAGCAAGACGGCGAAUUAAAAGUAUAUGGUGCUGGCUUGUUAAGCAGCGUAGCUGAGUUGAAACAUGCUUUGGAAAAUUCGGAUAAGGUUAAGCGAUUUGAUCCUGAUGAAACUGCCAAGCAGGAGUGUAUUAUAACUGACUAUCAAUUGGGGUAUUGGUAUACCGAUAGCUUUGAAGAGGCCAAAGAAAAAAUGAGGACCUACGCUGAACAGAUCCAGCGUCCAUUUGGCAUACGAUACAAUCCUUACACCCAAUCCGUGGAGGUGCUGAGCAACGCCCAAAAAAUUACAGCGGUUGUCUCUGAGCUCAGAGGUGACCUUUGCAUAGUAAACAGCGCCUUAAAGAAGAUCAGUGCAAGAGAUUCCACUUUAGACGUUAAUAGAAUAGCUAAAUUGCUACAAACAGGAUUGGCCCUUAGUAACAGUUCUGAAUUGGAAAGCUGCGUUGAGGAAAACUAUUCUGAAGUAGAAACAAAUUGUAUAAGUAAUGAUAGUAAAGUGUAAGAUGAAUAGUACUUUACGCUUACGGGUACCUAAAUGUUAUAUAUUUAAAUUUAGAUCAAAAUUUAUAUGUAUAAUGUGAAUAAAUAACCUUUUAAGCAUU